UGUUGCUUUCUGCGCGCGUCCUUGCGCGCGCCGAUUGGACGAACACGGGGGCUUUGUACUGAGAUUCGGCGUGCUGUGGGCGGGUAGAAGGCUUGUUUAUAACCCCCGCGUCUCCGCUGGUGGGCGGGAACAGCGGCACCGAAGGGGAGCGAGAGUGGAGGAGGACGAGGGAGACGCCAGACAGCGGGCUGUAGCGGCGGGGUCCGCUGAGGGGGCGAGGCGGCCGUCCCUGAGCCGCGCAUGGACGACCACCUGAGCCUCCUGCAAUCACCCCCGCCGAGCGUGAGCAAAACUCGCGGCGACAACCUGGUGAACCACGGAUACACUGAGUCGGAAGCCGACGUCAUGACCGUCGCGGCGUGUGACAACAUGCUGGAGGAGUCAGCGGCUCUCCCCGGCCACCACUCGCUGGAUCGAUACGAACCGGACCACGAGUGUUGUGAGAGGGUGGUCGUCAAUAUAUCUGGUUUGCGCUUUGAAACGCAGCUCAAGACUCUCUCGCAGUUCCCAGAGACCCUGCUGGGGGAUCCCAAGAAGAGGAUGAGGUACUUUGAUCCCCUCAGGAAUGAAUACUUCUUCGAUCGGAAUCGACCCAGUUUUGAUGCCAUUCUUUAUUACUACCAGUCAGGCGGGCGCAUCAGGAGACCCGUCAACGUCCCCAUUGAUAUAUUUUCGGAGGAGAUACGCUUCUAUGAGCUGGGUGAGGAAGCCAUGGAGAAGUUCAGAGAGGAUGAGGGCUUCAUCAAGGAGGAGGAGAGACCCUUGCCAGAGAAUGAGUUCCAGAGACAGGUGUGGUUGCUUUUUGAGUACCCGGAGAGCUCGGGACCAGCUCGGGGCAUCGCGAUAGUCUCCGUCCUGGUCAUUCUCAUCUCCAUUGUCAUCUUCUGCCUGGAGACGCUGCCUGAAUUCAAGGACGAGAACCGGGACGUGAUCCCUAUCGCGCCGGUAAUUAAUGGCACCCUCCCUUAUUUCGUCAGCCCCUUCUCAGACCCCUUCUUCGUGGUGGAGACCUUGUGUAUCAUCUGGUUCUCCUUCGAGCUUCUUGUGCGGUUCUUUGCGUGUCCAAGCAAAGCCACCUUCUCCAAGAACAUCAUGAACAUCAUUGACAUUGUGGCCAUCAUACCAUACUUUAUCACUUUGGGAACGGAGCUGGCGGAGAGGCAAGGGAACGGACAGCAGGCCAUGUCGUUGGCCAUCCUGCGUGUCAUUCGCCUUGUGCGUGUCUUUCGCAUUUUCAAACUCUCGCGCCAUUCCAAAGGCCUGCAAAUUCUGGGUCAGACCCUCAAGGCCAGCAUGCGAGAACUGGGCUUGCUCAUCUUCUUCCUCUUCAUCGGCGUCAUCCUUUUCUCCAGCGCCGUCUACUUCGCCGAGGCCGACGACCCCGACUCGGGAUUCAACAGCAUCCCGGAUGCCUUCUGGUGGGCCGUGGUCACCAUGACCACCGUCGGCUAUGGGGACAUGCAUCCCGUUACCAUAGGGGGAAAGAUUGUGGGCUCUCUGUGUGCCAUCGCUGGCGUGUUGACCAUCGCGCUGCCCGUGCCGGUCAUCGUGUCCAAUUUCAACUACUUCUACCACAGGGAAACCGAAGGUGAGGAGCAGGCACAGUACCUGCACGUGGGCAGCUGUCAGCCUCUGGCAGAGCCCGAAGAGCUGAGGAAGACACGCUCAUCAUCCUCACUCAGCAAGAGUGAGUACAUGGUGAUAGAGGAGCAUGGCAUCAACAGCGCCUUCAAGCAGCAGCCAAACUUUCCCACUAGUGCGCAGAAUAACUCACAGAACUGCAUCAACAUCAACAAGAAGAUCUUCACCGACGUGUAGUUUUGGUCAAAUGUCACAUACCAUUGAAGCAGAGUUGGAUCAGCGCCGGGUGGAAAAAAACUAGAGAAAAAGUCCCACCUACUCACAUUCAGAGAAUUAGAAUUGUUUUCAGUGUGGAAAACCAGAAAUAUAUUAUGUGAAGAAUAUCCAUAAAAGCCUGAAAUAGAGAGGAAACUUGUUGUAGCUAAUGCAGGAAGCUUUAUAACUGUGAAAGACUUUAAAUGUAAACUCCAAUAACCCUGUCGUUCUGUUAACAUGAGUUGUGAUUCGUCAGUCGUAGCCAAUGUGCAAUAUCCAGGAUUGUUUAGAUGUGCUCAAUGUGUCUUUCAACACACGUAAUGUCUUAAAAAAAAUCAACAAGUAACCUAUAUUAUAUCAAUUAGACUGUGCUAUGCCUUGAUCGUGCGUUAAAGUCUAGUUCAAAGUGCUACCACGUGUGUUAAGACUUAACCCCCAUAUAGAAUAGAGGCUUUUAUACAUGCCAUGUGGGGCCAGUAGACCGCCAUGCUGUGUCUCAUCACCCACUCAAGACACGUGUGAGAUGGAGCGCAAGAGACACGCGUGCAUCUCUUUGGACGCCUCAAAUAUAGCCCGCUGUGAUGCAAUCUCCAUGGCGACGGCCGUUUCCUCGGUAACCCCAACCAUCGUUGCCAUGGCUCCCCUGUUUCCACAGAAACCUCCCAGAUGGCUUGGAAGCUUUCUUGAAGAUUAGCAUCCAAAUAGCAUGCCUUCAAGGACUGCUGUUGAUGACGUCAGGUGUGUGUGCGUCAACGCAACCGUCCAGGAAGUCAAACGGCAACAAACUAUCUAAAUUCGCCAAUGAAACUCCCCAUGCAGUCCCAAAUUGAGAAAGUGGAUGGCGUGGUAACCUUCAAGGAAUUCGAAAUGAACUGUCUGGCUGUCCUGGGUGCAAAACGGAUGGUGCCCAGCAGGGGCUGCUCUUCACCCACUGAUGACACCGUUGACUUUGUGUACGAAUAACAAGCCCACCUUGCUUCGCUCGUCUCCGCCCUCUGGUGGAUAGCAUCGCCUGCCAGCAGAACAGGUAGAAGCUAUCCAGGCCUCCUGGAAGUCUCAACCCACCCUCGUCGAAUGUCUCUCAUGCAGAGAUGUAAAGACUGAAUUUCUGUGGACCAAAUGGGGUAAACUUGAUUGACAAAGGAUUCCCCUGAAAGGAGAAUUUCCUCAUCUGCCUUGUGGCUGGCGUCUUAUUACUUGGUGCCUAUAGCAGCUUCCCCCUGCCAGUAGAUCGUCUUUGAGAACAAAAGUCAGGAAACGACACUAAACUGCUUGUCCAACAUUUACAAUUGUGUAGCCGCUGUUUUAUAACUGCUCUCUGUUUUGUGUGACGCAUCAUAGCAUCAAAAUCAUCUUGACGUGUGUUUAGGAAUUUCUCCACAUUGCUUAAUACUUUAACUUUCAGGGUCAGUGGUCACUACAGUAGACAGACAGCUAGGUUAUUAUUACUGAUCACGUCUGUAGUUAUAAAAACAGUUGAGAAAAGAAUCCCGAUGAAAGGGUUUAAAGACGGAGAAAUUACAGCUCUGGGAGACAGCCAGCAGUUUUAACACACAAAACACACGUGUCCUGGGAUUUGUAAGGGUUUUUUCAUGUAUACUGUCUUAAUGUUUCUAACUGAUCUCCAUUCACAACCUAUGUUGUCUUCAGAUUGAAAGCUGCAAAACAAAAACAAAAAAAAGAGGCCAAAAAUUGAGUGAUGAGAAACUGUGAUACAAAUCAGAGACUGUUAACCACAUGCCUUUUGUUAGCUCAGUGUGCUCUGUAUUGCUAACAUUUUAUAUACAUGUAUGUUACAUGUGAUUGUUGCUGCUAUUCCCCUGACUUACACAUGGAGAAUGAUAAAAAGCUGUACACGACACAGACAGACAUGUAAACACACGCAGAUGCCCGUGGGAACCUCUCGUUCAUCCCUGAGCGCUCUCGUGCAGAAUGUUGUCAGGGGAAAGCUGCGUUUGUCAGUAUUUGUUCUGUAUACCUCUGUACAAUCUUAAACAUGACUCAUAUAACAAGAUCAUGAGGUACUUGUUGUCUUUAUUUAAAACAUUCAGUGACUAACUGGGAUAAAUGUACUGUAUGUUAAAUAUAUAGGAAAGCUUUACAAAUGCCCAUUUUCCUAAA